CCCAAAUCUUGUUUUUUUUUCUCCCUCGCUUUCUCUCAAUUGCAAACUCCAAUUCAAUCAAAAUGCAAAUUUAUUUAUUUUUUUCCAAUUCAAUUCAAUCCAAAUCAUAAACCCCUAAUUUUUUAAGCCCUUGUUUCAUCAAAAAAAAAAAAAAAAACACUAAAGUUGGUUAACAAAGAGACAGCCAUGGUGGUGGCUGGUUCAUCAACAUCAUGGUUAUUAAACGGUGAAAGGGCUGUCGUUUUGCUCUUUGUUUCCGCCAUUCUAUACUCUGCCACAUCAUCAUCAGUUGUAUCUAUAUCUAUUGUAUAUGAAAGUUUAUCUUUUUUAAUUAUUACUGUUUUUGCCUUAUUUGUUGAGAUCUCAGUUGAAUCUUCCCACUUACAUUUCAACACCAGACCAGGUGCUUCAUCAGGGAUUCUUUUGGGGGCAGUUACCCUUCCCGGUCUUGCAGUUUCGAAGUUAAUACAGUUAUCGAGAGCUUUCUUGGCGAAUGAAGUAGGCAUUGAAGAUGUUGAAUAUGUACGAUUUCAAUAUUGGGCAACUUCUACAAGUUGCCUAUGUGUUCUGGUUUUCCUUAGCUUUAUUUGUCGACAUCAAUCUGAUAAGACAAAGCCAGCUUCUUUUUAUAGUGGUUGGAACAUGAAACUAAGUAUUAGUUCCAUAGCCUUGUUUACAACCAUGUGCUACCUGUCUUUUUCUGCAAAGUCUUCCAGUGGACCAUACAUAGUGUUUACUUUGUUGUGGAUUGUCUGUCAUGGAUUAGCAGCUGUGAAAUUCAUUCAGCAUGUACUCCACACUUUUCCAGCAUGUGUUUCAUUUGGGGAGGCACUUUUGGUUACAGCUGGAUUUGUUGUAUAUUUUGGAGACAUGUUUGCAUUUACUAUAGCAAAGAUUAGCAAGUACCUUGUAUCUUAUGGGUUAACUGCUGUCUCGUAUGGGGCAGAAAGAAGUGAGAUAAGCAUUAUCAUUCAGGGAAUGCUUCUUGGCCUUCUUCUUUCUCCAUUGUUGUUCAAAUUCAUCCUUCAAAGAUGGGAAGUAUAUAGCAACUCGGAAAAUUCUGAAGUCAUAGGACAUCAUGAGCGUGGACGAUCUGUUAUAUUUUAUGGCUCCCUAGCAUUUAUUUUAUUAGCAAUUGUUCCAUUGUGGAUGCAGUUUGUCCAAAAUUUCUCUGUUCAUCCCUUUUUAUGGGUGUUAGAGUUUGUUUUCUCUGAACCACAUAAAAGGCUUUCUUUGUGUGUGUACUGGGUUGCCGUUAUAUGUGCAUCCGUGCUGCGCUUUUACAAUAUCUCCAAGAACAGUAAGAUUGAGCGAAUUCUUCUCCGAAAAUACUACCAUCUGGUUGCAGUCUUAAUGUUUGUGCCUGCACUUAUCUUCCAGCCAGCGUUUUUGAACUUGGCUUUCGGUGCAGCUUUGGGGGUUUUUUUAGUGCUUGAAAUUAUUAGAGUAUGGAGAAUUCGGCCCCUGGGACCAAUUGUACAUCAAUUUAUGAAUGCCUUCACUGAUCAUCGUGACUCUGAUCAUCUUAUAGUCAGCCACUUUUCACUUCUUUUGGGAUGUGCGUUGCCUAUUUGGAUGUCUUCUGGUUUCAAUGAUCGGCCUCUAGCUCCUUUUGCUGGAAUUCUGAGUCUUGGAAUUGGAGAUACCAUGGCAUCUAUGGUUGGCUACAAAUAUGGAGUUCUGCGGUGGAGUAAAACAGGCAAGAAAACCGUUGAGGGAACCGCUGCUGGCAUCACAUCGGUCCUGGCCGCUUGCUCUGCUUUGCUUCCACUAUUAGCAGCCACUGGAAACAUGUUCACUCAGCACUGGUUAUCUCUUCUGUUGGCGGUCACAGUGAGUGGUUUGCUGGAGGCGUACACCGCACAGCUUGACAAUGCAUUCAUACCCCUUGUUUUUUACAGCCUUCUAUGCUUGUAAAUACUUUUAACAAAAGUUAGCAUUAGGAAAACCCUUUUUGUACUCUUGGAAUUCAAUAUACAUAUAAAUAGAAAGCAGUAGAUAAGUUCCCAAAUAGCUAAAAAAAAUUAACUGCA